AUGCCUCUUUUGCAAUCCCUACUUCGUUUCCGCAAGUCUGAGGCGGAUUCGCCAGUUCGUUCUCGUCGCCCUUGGCCUCGAGUUCGUCGCUCGCAGUCUGCUGCUGUCGUUCUGGAAGCGCAUCUCCAGCGCAACCCAACAGAUGCUCCCAGUCCGACUGCCCACGUCACUGAAGUGCCUGACUUCGAACUUGGCCACCAGAGCAAUGACUCGAAUGAGCCGCCCAAAUCCCUGCAUGGCUCCAGUCGCUUCCGAGGCUUGAUGAAUCGCUUGCGAUCCAACAAGUCUCUUGAGAAGAGUUCCCUCUCGCAGGCUUUCGAGUACCCCGAGCUACUUGAUAUCGAAGAAGCUCAGAACACGGACCCCAUCAAGAGACAGCCUCUUCCAUAUGGCUCUGGCGAGUUCACCGGUGAGGCCGAGUCCCAGGAACAGAACUGUCAAGUGAGCGGUCAAACUGUUCAAUCUCAAGAAUCCGCCCACACCGAUAUCACUGUUUGCCGACGCACCUCUCGGCGCAUCCCCCUGCCCAUGCAAGACCUGGGUGAGAACUGGAAUGUGGAUGCAUACAUGACCCAGGAAAGCUAUGAUCGGGAGAACAUGCAAAGCUCCGAGAUCUCGGAUCCAUUUUCAGAUGGAAAGAUGGUAGACUCCUAUUGCCCGGCACCAAGUUCCUCCCACUACAGUGACGACCCCCUCCAGGGAGAGUCGGAGGUGUCUUAUGGUCCGAAGGCCCACUGCCAGACCGAGAGUUCAUCGCAACAGGCUUCCAUCAAAUCGUACAGCGAGGACAGCCAGCAUGACUCUCACGAUCUUCCACCACCCCGCCUGGUCUCUGAGAGAGAGAGAUUCGUCUCUCACAGUCGUCAGUUUAGUGAUACCAGUCGUAUGAGCCGACUUGACUCAGCUGACGCGGUGAAAUCCUUCAACAAAUGGGCAAGUCGGUUCAAUCUCCCAUUUGAGAUAGGCAUUAAGAAACUUGCAACCGAGGAAGUCACUGCGGAGGAACCUGAAGAGGAAAUGACCCUCGAUGUUGACAACCCUCCCGAGCGCCGUCGCGGUCUCUUCGGACGACUCCGCUCAGCAAAAUCAACCUGGACACUGGGAAAAGCCUCCUCCACUGUGUCUCCACCUCUUCCAAAGCUGCGACGGAUCAAGACAUUUGCAAAUCUUAAGCAUCGUCCCGAGCCGCUGACCUCUCUUCGCGGGUUUUCACUGGAACGACUCGGUUUCCUAGGAGGAUCCACCUUCCUGACGAUUCCUCAUUAUGUGAUCCCAUGCGCAUUACAGCUGCCAACAUGCAUCGUUGCAUCGGUCACGUACUUGUGGAAAUUCUGCUUCACUAUCGGCGCGGAAGAACUGUUCCUUGUCCCCGGUGACCUCAAGAAAGCAACUCGCCUGUACGACCACUUUGCAUUCCAUGUUCAUUCUGCUGCGAAGGAUGAGCACGGAAUCGCAAGGGCCAUGCGUGUGGCUACCCUGCCCAGCUGGCAUCGUGAAGCGCCAGUUCACGUGCUCAGUCUGGGCUGGGCCCUCAAGGCGUUUCUGGCUGGACUGCCCGGAGGAAUCCUUGGAUCUUCGAGGCUGUAUGAAGCGUUGCGGGGGAUCUAUCAUUAUUUCAACGCCCGCCCCGGUCUCGACGUCCCACUGCAGCUCCAACAUUACCUCCUCGCCCGCGCCAUCGUGGCAUUGACCAGUCAGAUCCGGUGCUCCCUGAUCUGCGCCAUCUUCGGGCUCCUCGAUGGACUGCUUGGGGCCAAGGUUGAUAAUGAUGCCUCUGUGACUUCCCCCCAGCAUCUGAUCCCCCCCUUCAGGCGUGAGAGCCUGUCGCGGGCCUUUGGACCGCUGAUGACCGGAACCGCGUCUGGGACGGGGGUCAGUCUGGGGCUCAGUACGGAGGCUACUCCUGGACCUGCCCCAGUGUGGCUGGAAAGGGACGAGGAAUGUGUGGUGUACAUGUUGGUCCAGCACUGGACCGAGAUCAACCAAGUGCUGCGUCGGGGGGUCAAGCAGGGUUUCCUACGGUGA